CACUUAUUACGACAAAGGCUCUCCCUCGACCUUUGUGAUCGAUGAGUAUUUUGGGUUCUGUGAGUGACUUUUAGCAAAAUUUGGCCUCGUUCAUCGCUUCGAUAAGAUCAUUUCUGGCCGCUGAGACCUAAGCAUAACCCUUACACUAAACAAGCUCUUCGUAUAUCGCGACGAAAUGACGAGAACGCUUUGCAUAUAGAAUUCCGAGCUGAGACGUAGCAAACAUGACGGUGCCAAUAAUGUCUGAUCGGGAAGAGUCGUCUCGCGAGGAGAGAGAAAAUUACACGUCCGUACCUAUUGUAGUUUUGACGGUGCAUCGCGCUCAAGAAGAAGCUAAAGAACAGCGCUCAUAUGCCAGUUACGAGGCCGAAGAUGUCCUGCCGCUACCUGCAUCUAAGUACAGGUACAGCAAAUGGCAUGAACUAGAGGACAUGGAUAUCAAGGGAAACAUGUUAAGAUCUCCCAGGGUUAGAAGAAAUCCUAGGGGAUUUAAACUGGAAAAUAUGCGAAAGCUGGAUGAGGAAGAAAAAUUAGAAUAUGGUGACUCAGAUGAUGAAGAAUUUCGAGUAAGUCUGCCAUUGAAAAAGAACAAACCCAAAAGAGUGCGUAACUACAAGAACAAGGUGGAAAACUGGGAAAAUGCAGAGUCCGUAAAUCUGUCAUAUCAAGACCUUGGUCAUCCUUAUCAGAAGAAGGAAUUCCAGCGAGUGCUCAGAAGACUCCUCAGAUGUGAAAACCUACAACUAAUAGAAAACUCGAUACAAGAUUUGAGCACUGUGUUGCUUCCAAGAUGUACACAUCUUUACCUCCAGAGAAAUUUUAUCACUGACCUAAGGAAACUUCCCAGGGCCCCUAUGUUGGAGCACUUGUCACUGCAACAAAACAAUGUAGAAAGUCUAAAAGGACUAGAGGUGCUGAGAAAAACAGGAAUACAAUCCCUGGUGCUCAAAGGAAAUCCAGUAGAAUUAGAUCCAAACUACCGGCAACAUGUUUUCAGAAUUUUGCCAAAUCUUCAGCUCUUAGAUGGAAUCCCAAGAUUAGACAGUGAUUCAGCUAAUGUAGUACUGGAUGCAAAGACAUGCAUUGUGUCAUAACAACAGGGACCUUGGAUAUGUUGUGACCAUGAUGCAGACAGAACUUCUGUGGUCCAGGAAAUCAGUGGGUGUCCUGUGAUUGAAACUGCGGACAAGAUUUCUGUGAUCUGAAAAGCUGUCAUACGGAGAAAUGUGAGGAACAUUUGUACCUCCUUUUGAAGCUUCAGUACACCGAUGAGAUUCCUGCGAUCUGAAAAGCUUUUAUAAGGAGAAUGGGAGGGAUGUUUUCCCCUCCUGAUUAAAGCAUCACGUUCACACUCUCCUAUUCAGUGGACGAAGAGAACAUUCAAGUAGGCUCAAUUACCAGUGUAGACCGGACUUGAGAGGGUGGCCGAAAUCAAGCCUAGCAAUGAUGAAGCAGCACAUCAAGACCAGAAAGAGCAUUGUCUAAAUAAUUGGUCCUGUACAAAAACACUGACCAAUCUAAAAUUAUCUUGAAAGGAUAUAUAUUUCUUUUACUUCCUUUCUAGAUUCUAGUCAUUUCUCACAUGAAUAGAGUAUUCAAGAGAGAAAAAUUGGUCAAAAAAGCAAAUGUUUUUGAGAGGUUUUUAUUAGGUGAAUUAAUUGUGUAAAACUGUUGUUAGUAACGUAGCAAGGUAAUUUGAAAUUGAUUUUAUACAAAUAUCUUUUGCAAGCUGGGACUUCUGAGAUUAUUUUAUAAAUAUGCAAGACAUUUGUGAAUAGAUGUAAAUAUAUAUUUUCAUCAAUAAUAUUCGUUCAUAUGAAGGUGUACAAAAGUUGUACAGAGUAUUUAUUAUGUUGAAGUAAUUUUUUCUUCUAGAAUGAGAGAAUAAAAUCAACACUGCUUA